AUGACGACACGUGUUCGUAAUAUUUUAACGGGUUUUCUUGCAUUUCUCUCACUUUCUGCAUCAAAUUGUCACAUUUUGGAGUUUGGACCGUGUUUGUUGCAAUAUUUGGAGCCCUGCACCAACAACACGAUCCAAUUUUAUCUGUUCACGAGUGACAGACCGCGUGCUGCGCCCGUUUUAAUGAGUAACGAAGACCCGGUAAUGCCAAAAACGGUAAAUGCGACGCAUGAUUUGAAGUUGAUCGUACACGGUUACGCUGGAAAUUUGGAUUUUAAUGCGACAAAAAGCAUCAGAAACGCAUAUUUGGCGAAAAAUGCAACAAAUAUCCUCAUUGUCGACUGGGGGAAGCUCGCAAAGUAUCCUUGUUAUCCCACAGCGGCUUUUAAUACACGUCAAGCUGGCGAAUGUAUCGCAAAAUUCCUUACGGGACUCCAAAAGAACAGUCAAGAGUUCAAUAUUUCGCAUGUGCAUGCAAUUGGAUUCAGCUUGGGAGCUCAUGUCGUGGCUUUUACGAGCAAUGUUUUGAAAAAUUCUACAGGAAAAGGCCUUUCACGCAUCACGGGACUGGAUCCAGCAUUGCCUUUCUUUGCAACUACCAAUCCCGAAUGGAAAUUGGAUGAAACUGACGCGGAUUUUGUGGAUGUGAUUCAUACAAAUUCAGGACUUUUCGGAAAAAUUGAGAGAUGCGGACAUGUUGACUUCUAUAUCAAUGGCGGGCAAUAUCAACCACAAUGCAGAAGAGCAAGAAACCGCCCCUUGUGCAGUCACAUGCUCGCCACAGAAUAUUUCGCAGAAUCAAUUUGGAAUUCCGACGGCUUUUGGGGUCUUCAGUGUUCGGGAUACUUGCAAUACCUGAUAGGAUGGUGCCAAAACACGAGUUCUGACGAGUAUGAGGAUGAUGAUGAAGAUCCCAGUCCUGAUCCCGUCGCUUUAAUGGGAGAAAAUACAAGUCUAAAGGCACGAGGCGUUUAUUACAUCGUCACUAACACAGUUUCCCCAUAUGCGAAAGGUCAAAAAGGGCUGCGAACGUUACUCAGACCUCUUAUCGAGAACAUUCCCGUGACUUACAACCAGGUCGACGAAACGCAAGAGCAACAAGAAAUCCAAAAAUGA